AUGAGUAAUAAUUCUUCUUCGUCCUCUUCAUCUUCAUUGAAAAUUCUUAGGGAAAGUAGUGUUCUAAAACUCAGCGAAAUAUAUAAAGUUGAUGAAUCUACCAUAGCAAAUAUCUUAGAAAGGAAUAAUGAUCUCUUAGAUGAUCUGGAUGAUUCAUUUAUAAAUAUAACAAAAGUCUUGGAUAGCCACUUUGACGAAAAUAAUGAAAUUUUAGAUGAUAAUUAUGAUAAUUACCUUGAAUCACAAGACGGUGAAUCAUCAUUUGAAUAUUAUAAUAAUUUAUCAUCUACAUCUGGUCUUGAUAAUGAACCAUCGAUUGUUGAACAUUCUAAAGAUGUGAAAAGUUUGAAAGUUGCUGGUGGAGUAAAAAAGAUUUCAGAAGCAUAUCUUGUUAAUUUAUUAGAAGAUGCUUGGUUGGCAGCAACUCAUGCUAAUUGUGUUACCAUUCAACCUAAAGAUAUUGAACUUGUUUUACAUCUUU